AUGGCUGGAACUGGAACACGGCUAGGGUCUGACCCUCCUCUUUCCCAGUGCCCAGAACCAAUUGCCAUCGUAGGCAUGGGCGGGGUUGGAAGUCCCUCAGAGUUGUGGGAGUUAUUGACAGCGAAACAAGACGGCUGGUCUGAGUUUUCGGAGGACCGUAUCAACCUCGACGGCUUCUACCACCCUAAUGGGCAACGACUGGGAAGCAUGUACACCAAGGGUGGUCACUUGCUCCGCGGAGACACCCGCGACUUUGAUCAUAGCUUCUUCGGUAUCUCGGCCACAGAAUCAAUGGCCUUGGACCCCAGCCAGCGCAAACUGCUGGAAGUUACUUAUGAAGCAGUUGAGAACGCCGGCGAACCGCUCGAGAACUUCUCCGGCUCCAAGACUGGUGUGUUUGUGGGCAAUUUCAACAAUGAGCACCAAAUCAUGCAGUAUCGAGAUCCAGAUCACACACUACCCUACGUCGUGACAGGAGGCGGUCCCACGAUUUUGAGUAAUCGCAUUAACUAUGUUUCCAACCUCCAAGGGCCUAGCUUGAUGGUUGAUACGGCGUGCUCCGCGUCCAUGUACGCUUUACAUUUGGCCGUACUGUCGAUUCGCAGCGGAGACUGCGAUGCGGCUAUCGUUGCCGGGGCCAACGUCAUACUCGGACCGGACAAUCAAAUCUUCACCACCAAGCUCGGAGCCGUCUCGCCCACGUCUCGCUGCCAUACCUUUGAUGCAUCAGCAGACGGAUAUUCUCGGGCAGAAGGAUUCGGUGCCAUCUACCUAAAAGAGCUCUCCGACGCUGUCUCUCGGGGCGAUCCAAUCCGCGCAGUUGUGCGUGGCACCUCGUUCAACGCCAACGGGAAAACGGGUGGUAUUUCGCACCCAAGCCCUGAUGGUCAGGAGGCUGUCAUUAGACAGGCUUACAAGGCCGCUGGCGGCCCGAAUCCAGAUCUAACGGGAUACGUCGAGUGCCAUGGAACGGGGACGCCAGUGGGUGAUCCAAUCGAAGUUUCCGCUGUCGGGAGGGUCUUCUCUCCAGGGAGGAAAGAUGAACCCUUGUUAAUCGGAUCGAUCAAACCAAAUCUUGGGCAUAGCGAAACGGCCAGCGCCAUGUCACAGAUCAUGAAAGUAGUCUUAGCAAUGGAGCACGGAAAAAUCCCAGCCACUAUUGGAAUUGAAAAUUUCAACCCUGCAAUUGACUUUGAGGGAGCAAGGGCCAAGGUUGUGACGGAAAUGACCCCAUGGCCUGCCCACCUGCUUCGACGAGUUAGCGUUAAUAGUUUCGGGUACGGUGGAGCCAAUGCUCAUUGCGCCGGUGGAGAGACUCCAAACGGGCUACCACAGGCAAAUUCCAAUGGCCACCUGAAUGGAAACGGUCACCUGAAUGGAAAUGGUCACCUGAAUGGAAAUGGUCACCUGAAUGGCACCAAGGGCCAUGAUAACUCUGCUGAGAGUCUACAGUCGCUCAGCUGGUGUCAACCGGCAAAACUCAAUCAGACUGAAGGAGCAGGGACCCGUCCGUUAAUCUUGCUGCCAGCCUCUGCCCACGAUGAGCGUGCGUUAAAGGCCAACUUCUCGGGACUUGCCCAGUCACUGAAAAGGUACGAUCUCGCUGAUCUACUUUAUACCCUGGGAUGCCGGAAAUCGAAGUUUCCUCGCCGUACCUUUGCCAUUGUCGAUUCCAAAGCAGCAGCCGAUGGACUUUGA